GGUCUUCCCUCUCUAUUUACUCUGCACUUUUCUUCUUCUUCUUCUUCUUCCUCGUUUCUCCAUUUCCGAUUUCUUCUUCCCCUUUCUCCAUUGACAUUUUGUCCCCUUAUCGAUCCCCUCAAUCCUGCAGAAUGGAUCGUAUCUCACGGCGAGCACAAGUACUCAACAACCACCUUACUCAAACCCCGCCACCGCCGGCCUCCUCUCUGCAUCCCAGCCCCUGCCUCAGCUACUCCCCCCCGGAGCUCACCGAGAAGACCCACUUCGACACGGCGGACCUGCGCAGGCUGACCGACGGGCACAACCUGCAGGACCGAGACUGGCUGUACGGCCUUAUGGUCCAGAGCAAGCUCUUCAACCCGAGGAACUCGGGGGGCAGAGUAUUCAUCUCUCCCGAUUUCAACCAGUCUAUGGAGCAGCAGAGGGAGAUGACCAUGAGGAGGAUCGGGUACCUGCUCGAGAGGGGCGUCUUCCAAGGGUGGCUCACGGCCAAAGGCAUCGAGGCCGAAAUGAGGAAGUUCGCCUUCCUCGAGGUUGUCGGGAUGUUUGACCACUCUCUCGCGAUUAAGAUUGGCGUUCACUUCUUCUUGUGGGGUGGGGCGAUUCAGUUUUUCGGCACGAAGCGGCACCAUGAAAAGUGGUUAAAGGAUACUGAGAAUUAUAUGAUCAAGGGUUGCUUUGCGAUGACUGAGUUGGGGCAUGGAAGUAAUGUCCGAGGAAUCGAAACGGUUACAACAUACGAUGCCAAGACUGAAGAGUUUGUCAUUAACACUCCCUGUGAAUCAGCUCAAAAGUACUGGAUUGGAGGGGCUGCUAAUCAUGCGACACAUACAAUAGCAUUUUCACAGCUUAAUAUCAACGGGACCAACCAAGGAGUCCAUGCCUUCAUAGUUCAGAUUAGAGAUGCAGAUGGCAACAUAUUCCCCAAUAUUCGUGUUGCUGAUUGUAGUCACAAAAUUGGCCUGAAUGGCGUCGAUAAUGGCCGAAUCUGGUUUGACAAUGUGAGGAUACCCAGAGAAAACUUAUUGAAUUCAGUGGCUGAUGUUUCGCCUGAUGGGCAGUAUCUAAGCGCAAUUAAAGACCCAGAUCAAAGAUUUGCGGCGUUCCUGGCUCCUCUGACAUCAGGACGUGUAACCAUUGCUGUUAGUGCUAUUUACUCGUCUAAGAUUGGGAUGGCAAUAGCCAUUAGGUAUGCAUUGUCAAGGAGAGCCUUUUCAGUUGCACCUAAUGAGCCUGAAGUACUGCUGCUAGACUACCCUAGUCACCAGCGAAGGCUCUUGCCUCUUCUUGCCAAGACUUACGCGAUGAGUUUUUCUGUAAACUAUUUGAAGACACUUUACUGGAACAGAACUCCUGAAUUGAACAAGACUAUUCACAUUGUCUCUAGUGCGUAUAAAGCCGCAUGCUCAUGGCACAACAUGAGAACUCUUCAGGAAUGUCGUGAAGCCUGUGGAGGACAAGGCCUGAAGACGGAGAACCACGUGGGCCAUUUCAAGAGUGAGUUCGAUGUUCAGUCAACAUUUGAAGGAGACAACAAUGUCCUGAUGCAACAGAUCAGCAAGGCGCUUUUUGCUGAAUAUCUGAAUGCCAAGAAGAGGAAUAAACCAUUCAAAGGAUUGGGGUUGGAGCACAUGAACGGACCUUCCCCUGUUGUCCCUUCUCGGCUGUCUAGUUCGACACUCAGGGACAGGCAGUUCCAGGUCGAUGCCUUCCAUUUAAGAGAGAGGGAUCUUUUGGCUCGUUUUGCCGAAGAAAUACUUAAGCUUCUAUCACAGGGACAGAGUAGGGAACAUGCUUUCAUGCUGAGUUACCAGCUUGCAGAAGACUUAGGCAGAGCUUUCUCCGACCGAGCAAUGCUGCAGAAUUUCCUACAAGUCGAGGAAUCUGUACCCAGCGGACUGCUAAAGGAAAUCUUAGGCUUGUUGAGAUCCAUGUAUGCCCUUGUUGUCAUUGAUGAAGACCCUGCUUUCCUUCGCUACGGCUAUCUUUCACCCGAGAAUGCUGCAUCAGUGAGAAAGGAAAUCAUGAAGCUCUGCAGCGAUCUGCGUCCUCAUGCGCUUGCAUUGGUCAAUGCCUUUGGCAUCCCUGACGCACUUCUGAGCCCGAUAGCUUUUAACUGGGUUGAUGCUAAUGCUUGGUCUUCAGUCCAACAUUAGGCUCUCAUAAGUUUCUCACGAUAUAUAGUUCGAUGCAUAAUUGGGAUGCGUCUGGUCGGAGCUGUAUCCUACUAAGGAGCUUCUCAGAGGAAAACAACACAGGGUGAAGAAAAGGCUGAGAGGAGUCUGUUGUUGUAGUUUAAUGUAAAGCGUGGGAUGUAAUUAAGGGCCAUUCUCAAUGGAUAUCUAUGUUCGGAAGCAAUAAAAUGUAAACAUCUUGUUUUAUGUA